GUGCAUUGAAGCUGCCUAGCUUCAACGAUGAAACUCCUCGCAUUAGCCGUCGCAGUUCUGUGUUCUGCUGGUCCAGUGUUUUCUCGCAGUUUAAGCCUUCCUGCAAUUUCUGACGCUGACAGAGCAUGCAAGGGUGCCCUCAGGCCCGAUAUUGUUGACAAUGACCCUACGUACAUCCUGAGCCCAAACUUUGAUGGAAUUGCAAAGUAUCCCGCCGGCGUAUUCUGCAUGUGGACAUUGCGUACACUGCCAGGCAAGGUAAUCAAUUUGGCGUUCGAGGAGUUCUCGCUGCAAGACUCCCUGGACUGCGUCCGUGACCGGGUGGCCUUGUACGCCGGCGAGUGGCGCCCGCAGCCUCAGCAGCAGCAGCAAUUGGCCGAGAAGCAGCAGAAUCCGGUCGCGCUGGGCUCGGCCCUCGACGAUCAGGGAUCCGCGACGCCUCUGGCUCGCUGGUGCGGACCCUGGCUGCCGCGCGACUACGCGCUUCCGGCCAACACUCCAGCCACGCUCGUAUUCACCUCCGGAAGGCUGGGCACACCGGGACUAGGGUUCGUCGCACGAUACUACCUCACCGACGCUCCCGUCACCGAACGUUGCAAGGAGGAACAACUACGGUGCCGCAAUGGCCAAUGCGUGGACGAACGCAAAAGGUGCGACCGGAACGACGACUGCGGUGACGGAACGGACGAGGAGAACUGCGGUCCUGAGGUUAGUGGCGUCGCGUCGGAGACCUGUGGCCAACCACUGGCAGACCCAUUCCGGUUUCACGGCGACGAGGACGCGUACAUCGUUGGUGGGAGCAAGGCGAAACCCGAGAGCUGGCCGUGGCAGGCAUCGCUGAAGCUGGCCGAGGACCCCGUGUACGGACACAAGUGCGGGGCCACCCUCGUCGACAGGCAAUGGCUCGUAUCGGCGGCCCACUGUUUCCGCACGUGGGGAGAGCCGUCGGAUUGGAUAGUGUACGUCGGAAAGUACUACCUCUUCGAGGACGAAGCUACUCAGCAGUUGCGCUACGUCGAAUCCAUUGUCAUUCACCCUGGCUACCAGAUGGCUGUUAGACCUGUGCUGGUCGAAAACCGGAAGGAUCACGACAUUGCGUUGCUCAAGCUGAACGCACCCGUGACGCUCAAUGGACAGGUGCAGCCAAUCUGUUUGCAGGAGCUACCCGACCUCGCCGACAACACGACGUGCUACGUCACAGGCUGGGGUGCGACCCGCGAGGCCGAGAUGAGCCCCGUACUGAAGCAGGCCGCUGUGCUGGUGCUUCCGGUGGACGAGUGCGCCACCUACUACAACGGCACGUGCGUCAUCAACCAGCUCAUGUACUGCGCCGGGUACGAGGAUGGCCGACACGACUCAUGUCACGGUGACAGCGGUGGUCCCUUGGUGGUCAAGCAAGGAGGCAGAUGGCAAUUGGCCGGUGUGAUCUCGGGUGGACUCCGAUGUGGGGAGCCGCGACACCCAGGCAUCUACACCAAAGUGACACCGCACUACACCUGGAUACGAGACGUCAUAUCGGGAAACGCCACGCACUCCUGACGUCACCGGAAGCUCGAACGGCGUGAGAAGAGCAGGCGUUCAGACCAAACAACGGAUAGUCCCCGUUUUAGACAACACAAAUACCACAUAAAUGAUUCACUUAAUUGAGAUAGGAUAACUUAUAAAUGAAGAGUAAGUUAUAAUAUACUGACACCACAAGUUAUAAUUUCCCAGUUUUCUAAAUUUAAGCGCAGUUUCUGUCAGAAUUAGCUCUGCGCAGUCAACAAACAUAUUCAACACAGAGGCAAGGAAGUAGUGAAACUUUUCAUCAUGUCGAUACCAGUUUCCACUACUGCCUCGCGCACCAGUAUGUGGUACCUUUGGGCAUAGCAUCAUUGUUAGCCUGGUAAUACCUUGCAAAUGAUUCCUAUUAGAAUUAAGGAGACUCAGCGGGAAGCCUUAGCGUCGCUGGCGAGACAUGGCGAGAAUGCUUUCAACCAAGACGUACAUAAGAUUUAUUGCAACCUGGGUGGUCCGUGUGUUUAUCCGCAGGCACAGGAGUUUUGUAGAAGACAUAUUACAGGUACUUUUGAUGCAGAUAAAAGUCCUGCAACACAACAGGAUCUUUAGUAAGUUCUGGUAAAAGCAAAAUCACAAGUUAUUGGUACGAGGUCACCUCGCGUAUCGCCUGGAUUCUACCGUGGCUUCUGAGAUUGCCAAAU